AUGUGGAAAAUCCGAUUUGUCGCUGAUCCACCAUGGUAUGCAAUGAAGUGUCUUGACAAAAAACGAAUCAAGCUGAAAUCUGGCGAAUCAAUGGCCCUUAACGAGCGAACUAUUCUUUCCAGAGUUAGCUCCGGGGACGCCUCACCGUUCAUAGUGUGCAUGACCUACGCAUUCCAAACACCCGAAAAACUUUGCUUCAUCUUAGAUUUGAUGAAUGGUGGUGAUCUGAAUUACCAUCUCAGUCAACGAGGCACCUUCAACGAAGAGGAUGUGAAAUUUUACGUUGCUGAGAUAAUUCUGGGGCUGCAGCAUAUGCACGAGAGAAACAUUGUGUAUCGUGACUUAAAGCCCGCUAACAUCCUGUUGGACGAGAGUGGUCACGUGAGGAUAAGUGAUCUUGGGCUGGCCUGUGACGUGUCAGAGAGUUGGCCGACGGCUGCGGUGGGCACACAGGGCUACAUGGCACCGGAGGUAUUACAGAAAGGCGUCCCCUACGCCUUCUCCGCCGAUUGGUACUCCCUUGGCUGCACUGUCUACAAACUUCUCGUGGGCUCGUCUCCCUUUCGUCAACACAGCAGCAAAAGACGCUACUGCGAGGCCCCAAUCGGCAGACAGAAGUUCCUAGCCUUUUACAAUCCGGAAGGGUAUCGUGUCUUCGAACCACGGCAGCAACUUGAAUUUGUUACAAACUAG